CACGGAACCUUAGUUUACGAAAGGUUUCUCAACCUAUGCUAAAAAAUACUGUCAGGCAUGAGUAGGCUGCGCCACACACAAUGUCGGCAGGCCAGUGGCUGUAACCUGGCUGUGAUCACGACAACAGUACAUCCACAACAACAGGCACGUUCAGGAGCAGCAAUGACAACAGAGUAUCUAGUCUGGGAUACUGCAAACUGUGUUGAACAUUAUUCAUUAUGAUUCAUUAUAAUCCCGCUUCAGCCCAGGUCUGUAUGGGUCUGCUUUCAUUACUCCAGUAUGGACUCUAUUCUUUGACAGAGUUUAGAUUUUAAUACAGAAUAACCCUUAAGAAACUAGGCAAGUUGAAGACCCUGAGUACAUUUCUGAGCUUUUGUGCUCUCAGUGCUUGAUCUUAAAGUUAGGUUACACCAAGCAUGUUUUGUUGUUGCCUGUAGACUGUUGAUUGCCCAAAAUACUGUAAUUUGCUCUAAAAUGUAUCAUAGUUUUCUAUUUGAUAAAAAAAAAAUUGUAUUGAUCCAACACCAGGGAAAUUCACUUGCAGCAGAUAAGUCACAAUGAGGCAAGAGAAUAAAAUAAAAACUUUAACAACUGACAGAAAAUAUGGUUUGUAGUGUAUACACCGUAUUUUUGCAUUAGUAUAAUGGGAUUUUGAAAUAGACAUAUCCAUAUAUAUGCACUUAGAGACUUAUGAAGAUAAAAAGGCACGUGACUACACAAAAUGUUUAUAAAUAUAAAAAACACAUAUAUAUUAUAAAUUCACCAUAUUAGCACUAUAGUAUAACUGUGUGUAUAUACAUGCAAAAGUAGCGAUGCGUAGCUGUAAUGUGGACAAAUUGUGCUGUGUUAGGUUUAUAUUGGUGCUGUGGAGUCUGAUAGCAGUGGAAUGAGGAUUGGUGUUCUUUUGUCUGCAGCCAAGAAUCAAUGCUGUCUCCUUCAACCUUUAAUACAUGUUAAGGUCCAGUUAUGGUGCAGUCAGUGUGUGUGUUUCCUGUCAGUGUGAUGGGAAAGGUGAUUUCAGUGGACAGGAGUGUCUCUGUGUGUACAGAGGCUGUUGCUGAUUGGCUGUUUUUUUGUUUUUUCCUUCAGAAUUUGGGAGGAAACCAACUCACUGGUCACAAUCAGCAGCAGAAUAAAUGCGAGAGACGAGACACCCAGAGAACUGACAGGCGGAUUAACCAUAUUUAAUAGAAUCAUAGUUAAUAUAGUUUUUAUUGCUUCAUUUUCACCAGCACAAUGUUUCAAGUGGUUCCAACAGUGCUGGUUCUGGUGUGUGCAGGUGCUGCCUCAGCUCGGAUCAAAAACACUACACUGAAGGAGACGAAAAAGCCUGUUACGAUAAGAGAAAGGGGAUUCCCUCGACAUGAAUAUACAAUGCUAAAUACGGUACCUGAAAGAAAUAACAGAAACAACAGUAUGUUGAUGCAUAAUGAAACCAACAUCAAUGGAACGGGGGUGCUGAAUGUAACCAGUAUCAAGAGGGUGGAAAUCUUCAAAGAAGCACUGUUGUUUCUCACAGGCUCUGUGUCCACCAUCCUCAUCCCUUUCUUCUACACACUGGUCUGCCUCAUCAGCUUGCCGAUCAACAUCUGUGCAGUGGUGGCCUUCACUCUGAAGAUCAAACCCAAGAAGCCGGCGGCAAUCUACAUGUUGAAUCUGGCCUGUGCCGAUCUGCUCUUUGCUGCGCUGCUCCCCUUCAAGAUCAUCUACCACUUUGGAGGCAACAACUGGAUAUUCGGCUCACUCAUGUGCCGGGUUGUCACUGCAGCCUUCUACUGGAACAUGUACUGUUCUGUUCUGCUCAUAACUUGCAUCAGUGUGGACCGUCUCCUUGCUGUAGUGUAUCCUGUUGACUCUCUGUCUUGGAGGACGCCAGGGAACGCAAUCAUGGCCUGCGUCGCCAUGUGGAUAUUAUCCUUUGCUGGCACUGUGCCCCUUGUCCUCCACGACCAGACUUUUCACCUAAUUCAGCUGAACAUCACCACCUGCCACGACGUCCAGUGUGUGCAGGAGAUAAUCUGGUACUACAAGAUCUACUUCAUUGCUGUGUGCUGUGCCUUCUUCUUCCUGCCUCUGCUCAUCACAGUGGUGUCCUACACUUGUGUGAUCUGGGCACUGAGCAGAGUCCCACUCGACCUUCUAGGAUGUUCACGGAGGAGAACAAGAGCAGUGGUGAUGGCUGGAACAGUGCUGGUGAUAUUUGUGCUGUGUUUCACACCCACAAACUGUCUACUGAUGGCCCACUAUCUGCAAUUUAACGGAGGAGGUGCUGAGGCGAUCCAAGAGAGCACUGAUGGCUCUUACGCAGCCUAUCUCGUGUUAAUGUGUUUAGGAAGUCUGAAUUGCCUCCUGGAUCCUCUGGUUUACUACUUUGGCUCAUCCCAGUGCCAAAAACAACUUUCCAGCACACUGAGGUGUGAGAAGAUUUUGGAGGGCUGUAGUGGACAUUCCUUUUCUGGCCACAGUAGUCACUUAACUAGGAAAAGGACAACCAGAUCCAGUGACCUACAAGUUGAAUACCACCCAGCCUGCAUACCAUAAAAACUCAAUUUUGGAGGCAAAAUGAAAAUCUGUUUUUUUUCCAAACCACAUGCUUUUAAUCAGUUAAACAGAUAUACUAUACGACCAACAUUGCAGAUUAGUUGGAUGGCUCUGUCUGUUCGACAGUGGUCAACAAGCAAUGGCGCCCUGAACAUAUGCUCAAUUUAAUAGCAAUGCUUCCUCUGCCUCUCUCUCUUCCAAGAGGUGGGUCGAUCACAGAAGUAUGUCAUGAAACCACAUUCCAUUUUGUCUGAAAACCAGCUCAUUUUAUUGAAUGACUUAAGCAAAGUGCAAACAAUGUUUAAACUGUCUCAAUCUGGUUAGUUUUGUUUUAUAACUGCUUUGAGGUAAUUUGAUAGAAAUUAUAAAAGUGUUCCCGGUUUUAUGAAAUUUGAAAUUGAGAAGCCUUAUAUAUAAAGGUCUUUACCUAUAGAGUGCAGCUAAAAAUAUACCAUAUAACUAUACUGCAAUAAGUAAUGUUAUCCUGUAUUCAAUUCAUAUAAUAUUAGAUAUAUUAUGCUAUGAUUGUUGGGGUCUGCUAAACGUAAAGAUACUAUCUGGUCUGAUUGAUGGGAAUGAAAUGUAUUUUGUACAAUGUCAUUGGUGUGUAGGGGAAAAGAGGACCGGAAAAUAUCUGCUUCAAUAGAAAAGUCAAGGUUCAGGUUUCUGAUGUGCAUAACCAUGCAUCUGUGUUUGUAAAUGUGGAUGUGUGUGUCUGUUUGUGCAUGAGCAAAAAUUGUCAUACUGUCUUUGCUUGACUGCUUCCUCUCCCCUUGAGACCUUUUUGCUAAAACAACUCACACUAAUUCACACACAAGCGCAUACACACACAAACCUACAACAAUAACAUGACUAAAAUCAAACCCUUCCAUUUUAUCACCCUUGCAUUUGUCCCAUGUUGACAUUAUACUGACACCACUUGUUUUAUUUUAAAAGUUCAUAAUCUGCUGAUUGCUCAUUUUACAUCACGUUUCCACUACAUUGAGACAUGUUACACACUGUGUGAUAAGCAAGGUUUUUAUCUAAGCUACAUUUAAGGAGAAUCAUUAGCUAGGUGAAGGUUUCAUGGUUUUGUCAUCUGUUUAUUUCCACUUCUGUCUGAAGAGUCUGUUUUUAGUAUAAUCACGCCUCCUUCUGUUUCAUGUUUAUCCUUGUGUUUAUGUUUGUAUAUGAGCUGUUUCUGUUUCAAAUUUUUUCCCAAUCCCUGUGUUCUGCUUCCUGUUUUAUUUUGUAGUAACGGCCCUUGUGUGUUUUUUUUCGUCACUUCCUGUCUUUGUGAUUGUCUGCAUCAGGCCUCAUGUGUUCAACCUGUGUUCAAUUGACCUUGCCUUCCCUAUGUAUAUAAGUCUCUGUGCUUCCCCUUGUCCUUGUCGGUUUGUCGUUGUUAAUGCCUCGUCCCCUGUGCCGGUCAUCCUCUGCCUCAUAUCUGUCUCUAGUAAGUUCCUGGUGCAAUCCCCUGUGUCCUCUUGGUUUUUUCAUUUGGGACUUUUUUGAGAUUUCUCGGUUUGUUGUUUUCUCUGUUGGACAUUUCCCAUUAAAAG